GAGAACAUUUUGUGCUCACGCCAUGGCGAGCGGUGGUGCCGAGGUGUCCGACCUGGCGGCGGAGGCGCCGCUCCUCGUCGCGAAGCCCGGCGAGCCGCCGCGCCGGAACACGUUCGCGUUCAUCUGCGCCACGCUCGCCUCCAUGACCACCAUCCUCAUGGGCUACAAUCUCGCCCUGAUGAGCGGAGCGGAGCUGUUCAUCCGGGAGGACCUGGGGCUCGCCGACGAGCAGGUGGAGGUGCUGUCCGGCUCGAUGAACGUGUUCAUGCUCGUGUCCAUACUCACCGCCGGCUGGGUGGCGGACCACGCCGGCCGCCGCGCCACGCUCGUGCUCGCCAACGCGCUGCUCAUGGCCGGCGCGCUCGCCAUGUCGCUGGGCGGCAGCUACGCCGCGCUCAUGGCUGCGCGCUUCGUCACCAGCGUCGGGACCGGGUUCGCCGCCGUCGUCGCUCCGGUAUACGCCGUCGAGAUCUCCCCGGCGUCCUCGCGCGGGGUGCUGUCCUCCCUGCCGGAGAUAUUCAUCAACGCCGGGAUCCUGCUCAGCUACGUCGCCAACUACGCCUUCGCCGGCCUGCCGCUGCACCUCGGCUGGCGCGUCAUGUUCGCCGUUGGCGUCGUGCCGCCUGUGUUCCUCGCGGCCGGCGUGCUCGCCAUGCCGGAGUCGCCCCGGUGGCUCGCCAUGCGCGGGCGCGACGCCGACGCUCGCACCGUGCUCGCGCGCACCUCCGGCACGGCUGCCGAGGCGGACCUCCGCCUCGAGGAGAUCACGCAGGCCGUCGCGGCCCAGGGCGAGGUGACCGGCGGCGUGUGGAGGCAGCUGCUCGUCCGGCCGUCGCCGACGGUGCGGCGUAUCCUCACCAACGUCCUAUCCCUCCACUUCUUCCAGCAAGCGUCCGGCAUCGACGUGAUCGUACUCUACAGCCCGCUGGUGUUCAAGCAGGCCGGCAUGGCGUCGAACGCCGCCGUGCUGGCAGCCACCGUGGCCGUCGGCGUCGUCAAGACGUGCUUCAUCCUCGUCGCGACGCUCUUCUCCGACCGCGUCGGCCGGCGCCCGCUGCUGCUGUCCAGCGCGGCGGGCAUCGCCGUGGCGCUGGCCUCUCUGGCGCUCACCCUUUGCGUCGGCGCGCCGUCCUCGGCGCGGGCGGCGGCGUGCGUGGCGUCGGCGCUGGCGUACGUGGCGGCGUUCUCGGUGGGGCUCGGCCCGCUGGCGCCGUCGUACGGCAACGAGAUCAUGCCGCUGCGGCUGCGGGCGCAGGGCGCGAGCCUCGGCACGGCGGUGAACCGGGUGACGUGCGGCGUGCUGAGCAUGACGUUCAUCUCGGUCGCCGGCGGCAUCACCAUGGCCGGGUGCUUCUUCCUGUACGCCGGCGCGAUGGUGGCCGCGUGGGUGUUCGUAUACGUGCGGCUGCCGGAGACGAGGGGCCGGAGCCUGGAGGACAUGGACGUGCUCUUCGCCAAGUGAAUUUCACCUUGCUCUUCGAUCGAGAUGACUCCAUUGGUGGUAUUGUUGCUUGCUGCUACGAUUGUCCAAUGUAUCUAUAGUUGUGCUAUAGUA